CCGCUGAUUGAACUUCCGACAGAAAAGCGGUUGAUUACUGAGGAAUAUUUGGAGGAGUGGAUCACUACCGGCCAAAUGGCACUUGGCGCAGAAGGCGUAGCACAGGAUGAAAUGGAAGACCUGUCAUCCCUCUGUAACAGCGAAGCUGUCCGGGAGGAGUUGAUGGAUCCGGAGCUGAUGGACAGUGUAUCAGUGCGGGAGCAACAGAUUUCCACGGCGUCACUGAAAAUGCAGUUUGCAAAGAUCAAGGAGCUGGUGAAAAAGGAACCGGCGGAGGUACAACCCCGGGCACCAUCUCCGGAGUCCGAUGACUCCGAGGGCGCAGUGCCCGAAGCAGACAGACCCUACGUCGUCCGAAGGAUCGAGGGUUGGCAGUAUAUCAAUCGGAUACCGGGAGAACGCUUUCUCUAUGGUGAGAUAGAAAUCGGACUGAUGUACUCACCACAGAAGAUGAGGUUAACCAUAGAGGUAUGCUAA